CAUCAAUUGAUAACCCUCGUUCAAAAACCAGAUCUUCUCUCGCAAUGGCUCCUAAGGUCCUCGUCGUUCUUACCUCCCAUGACCAUCACAAUGCCAACGGCAACCCUACUGGUUGGUUCCUGCCUGAAUUCGCCCACCCCUGGGAUGUCCUGCACUCCAAGGCCGAACUGGUGAUCGCCUCCCCCAAGGGCGGCAAAGCUCCCCUCGACCCCUCCUCCGUGGAGAUGUUCAAAUCGGACCCCGUCUCCUCCAAAUUCCUCAACGAGCAGGAACCCAUCUGGACCAACACCGUCAAGCUCUCCGACGUGGCCUCCAAGGUCUCUGAAUUCGACGCCAUCUUCUACGUCGGUGGUCACGGCCCCAUGUACGACCUCUACAGCGACGCCACCUCCCUCUCCCUGAUCCAAUCCUUCGCGGCGGCCAAGAAGCCCGUCGCGGCAGUCUGCCACGGCCCGGCCGUCUUCGUCAAGGCGACCACCCCCGCCGGCGAACCCCUGCUCGCUGGCGCCGAGGUCACCGGGUUCUCGAACACAGAGGAGGACCAGGUGCAGCUGAGCUCCAUCAUGCCGUUCAUGCUGGAGGAUGAGCUGAACCGCGUGUCGGGCGGGAAGUACGUCAAGGCGACGGAGCCCUGGGCCGAGAAGGUCGUUGUUUCGAAUGUCAAGGGGCUCGGGGGGGUUAUUAUUACGGGCCAGAACCCGGCGAGUGCGACGGGGGUGGGGAAGGCGAUUUUGGAGGCGUUGGGGCUGUGAGUACGUACUUAAAGUAAAUAUGAGAUGUGGAUGAUUGUGGUGAGGGGGAGCUUAAUUAAUGAGUGUUUCGUGUGUUUGUUUGUGGGAAAAAAUUGAUGUCGGAGAGUGAAGGGGAAGUGGUACUGUAUAUUCACUCUCUUGCUCACAUGGUGUCGGUCUUGGUAUUUACAGAUUGGUAAUGAGAUAGGAUAUCUGCCUUCUUUUGCCGGAAGACUUGAGUACGGAGUAUUGUUUUAAUCUUA